AUGGAAGGUCAAAUUAGAACCAGAGGUUCGACGAAGAUUGAAAAGGAAAAGUCUCCUGAGACGAUAUUCAAAAAGGGCAAAUAUGUUAUGGCAAAGUGGAAAAACAACGUUGACUAUCUUGCUCAAGUUCUUGACUACCGUAAAAACUUAGAAGGUGACUUGAUGUUUCACAUUGUCUUUAUCUGGGACGACAUUGCCGAAUGGCAUAGUGCAUCCAAUUUAAAGCUUGCGACUGACGAGCAAGUAAAGGAAAUCCUUGAAGAAAUCAAGCAAAUUAAAUCUGCUUCAAAAGAUUCUCAGAAGAAAUUUCCAGUAGAACUUCAAACUGCUGCUGAUGAGGAUGACAUGAUUUAUGAUCCGAAUCAUACACAAUUCCAGGAGGCUUGUCGGAAGAGACGUGAACGUCAGAGGCGAUCACUCUCUAGCGACUUAGACUCCGCUCAAGUUGAUGUACAGGCUCAAAAAUCUGUCCAAAUUGAUGGUGCAGCUUCUUCUAAGUUAAAACAGACUCCAAUUCGUAAACCCGCCUCUAUUGUGAAUAAACCUCUUGUUACUCCAACUGCAAAUAAAAAGCCUAUUACCUCUGCCAAACCAAUCGUCCCUACACCUAUUGCUAAGGCACCACCUCAAUCUUUUCAAUGUCAAUAUUGUCCUCGCACAUUGCGUAAACAGGAUUUAUUGGAGUCUCAUAUUUACCAUUACCACAGUGACAAAAUCAAAUCUGACCCUCCACACACUGAAGCUACUACUUCUUCAACAAAAAAACGCAAACAGGAGCCUGAAUCGACAUCCGAAACGCCGCCUAUUUCAGAGGGUAAUCUUAAGGAAUGCCUCAUGUUCUGUAAGAAUUGUAAAACUUCUGGUUCAGUGGUUGAACCAGAAGCUAAUAUAAUCCAGUGCAGAGUUUGCCUUGUCUGGUCACAUAGGAAAUGUGCCGAGUGUUUUAAUGAACCAUCUUGGAUUUGCACAUUCUGCAGACGCGAACCGUCUGCAUCUGGUUUAACUGAUUGGGCAAAUGAUUCGGAGAAUUUCCGAGCAUCUGGACCGACCAGACCUGAGGAUGUCGAUCUCGACGGAAUCUCUAAAGAGAUUGAUGGCCUUUUAACUUGGUUGAAAAAGCUCAAGCUCUUAGUGAAUUCAGGAAGGCGUGCUGUUUUGAGAAUUAAACGCCAAAAUACUGCUAAUGGUAGUGAUGCAGCGGUUAAUACACAAUUAUCUCAAAACCGUUCAGUUGACUCGGAGUUAUCUAUUGAUUUGUUGUGCUCUGGUUCCCACACUGAUGAGCAAUUUGGUAAGAUUGAGAAGUUGAGGCGUGUACUACCUCACAUUUUCAAGAGCGAGAACGCUAUGUAUAUUCGCUGGUUCAAUUCGUUCGCUAGCACCGCAGAUAAUCUGACUUUUGCCGCAUUUUUAGCCCUAGACUCACCGGAUAUUUCCCGUCUCCUUGCCAACAUUCCAACCAAUUUACCUGAUUUAACAAUCACAGAUGACCUUCUCAAUGUUGUCCAACCAUCAUCCUUUCAAUCACAACAUGGUGUCUUGUCUUCUAAUCCUGCUAGCAAUGCCAGCUCUGCUUUCGACACCCCAACCAAAAACCUGAUUAAUAGCAUUUUUCAGUCAAUGACUCCAGUUGAAACAGGAAAUGCAACUUCCCCCACAGCGGGUAGCACUGGUACUGUUAUUACAACUCCUCCCACAACUACUGCAAUAGAGGCUGAUCUCCAGAAAGCCGUACCGAUGGAUACAUUCAUCCCGAUGACUUGCCCAAGCAAUAUAUCACCAUACUUUACCACGCCAGUGAAGGCCACAUCUCGCCGAGCAACAAACUCGAGUGUUGCUGCAGGUGAAAUUGAAUCAGCCGCUGGUCUAAUAGGCUUUUCUGAGACCUCUACCAGUGGUAGCAUUGCUAUACGAAAUGCUCCUUCCGCUUCUCAGGGUUGGUCAUUUCCCCCUUCCCACUUUCCUCAUCCAAGUCCUGAUUCUCUUUAUAAAUUGCUCCUUCAAGACUUUGAUCUUGAAGUUAUCAAUCAAGAAGUCCUCAUCCCCUUGGAAGAGAUGAUUGGUCUAAUCGAAGGUCGUCUCGAAUUUCUUGAUAGUAAAAUUGAUGAAGCACUUGGAGCUGAUGAGGAUGAUGCUGACUCUGGUUCAGGGUCACAGCCAGACGCCGACCUCCAAAUGGUCAUCCUCAUGCGAGAAAAAGACACUAACAUCUUUGCUACUCAGGCUGUUCAUACUUCUUCUCUCACCCUCAUUGUACCUACUUUUGUUAUGUCAGGAGAAACAAUUUCUCAUGAGCAGACUUUCGAGGAAAAGGCGAUCGACAACGUCAAUGACUCUUCACAAACUGACCCACCUCUGGAAGUCACUAUGAAUUCAAGUGAACUCGAAGUCCAUGAAGAUUCUGUGGUUACGGAAUGUUCGCAUCCUCCACGUAAAAGGCGAAAACGGAAAAGGAGGCAAUUCACUUCAGACUCCCUUGUAGAGGUGACCGAGGAAGGUGAAAGCAUAACGAAUGAGAUGGAACUUGUGCAGGGGGGAUUUCAUUCGGCAUUUCAUGGAGUUAUCUAUGACGAGGAGGGUAAUCCAAAAGAAAUUACUUUCAGAGAAGAUAAAAUGAAACAGAUUAACAGAAAGAGACAAAAACGUCUAGGAACUUGCACCUUCAAAAUCAGCACCGAAAUGGAGCCAAAAACCGCGAUUGAGAUCCCAGCGAAACGCGAAAGAGGUAGUACAACUUCUACGACGUCGAAUCGAAUGAAGUCCAAGGUUAGGAAUCUGGAAGUGAGAAUCCACAAAUAUGAGAACACUUAUGAUAAUGUGGUAAAAUAUUGGUAUAGCACUCUCGAUUGGAUAGACAAGGCUGCAAUGGAACUUCAACAAACUGAGGAAAAUGAAGAAUAUUACGAAGAAUGUCAAGUUGAAGGAGAAGAACAUGGUUACACUGAGAGUGAAUUUGUUGCUGCGCCGGCAGUUGAACAGACGGCUGAUGAAAACUUGGACGAGGCCAAUCAGAAGACUGAGGAUUACAAGCAGACAAAUGAAGAGACGAAACUUGAAAGUUUGACUGAAGUGGAGAAUAAUAUUCAACGAAAUAUAAACAUGAGUGAUGAAGAAGGGAGUUCUGGGCAUGGACAGCAGAUGGAUGCGCAGGAGGGAAAGGUAGAUGUAAACAACUCCCCAGAAGAAAAGGUAUUUUCAAGCAUCCCAACUAAAUGA